GAAUAAGUAAAGGUAUCACGUAUACGGUAUACAUACUAUGUGGCAUGUGGUGCACGAGGGCCAAGGAUACUACGUAUAAGCGAGCAUCAUGUGGCAAACAAGAAUCAUUACAUUAUACGUUGUAUAAAAAAUACCCUACAAAAGUACAAAGAUCUACUCCGUAUUAUUAUUUUAGUACCAAGUAAGUCCAAAUAUAUGCAACAACAGACACAGGUUCGGUUUAAUAAGAAACUACAUACACAAAAUUAGGGAUGACUUCAAGUUUACUAAAAGAAUUGGGUUUUCUGGGUUUAGUUAUAGUGGGAGUGUUCUUGUUGAUGCCCAAAAAUACUGCGACCUCAUUCGACACAAAUAUAAAAGUUGAAAACAAGGACAAGUUGUUAAGAUUCAACAAAAAUGGAGAAUUCAAGAUAUUGCAAAUCUCAGACAUGCACUACGCCAAUGGCAAGGACACUCCUUGUAGGGAUGUCUUGCCAUCUCAAAUGGAAUCCUGCUCUGAUCUCAACACUACUCAUUAUCUCCGCCGUUUCAUCGACGUUGAGAAGCCUGACCUUAUUCUUUUCACUGGCGACAGAUAUAAAGUAUAGUAUACGCUUGGGUACUACAAUUAGUCUUUAAGUGGGAUUAUUACUAAAAAAAUAAAAGAAGUAAAAAAAAUGGGUUUUUUGGGUUUACUCAUAGUGGGAGUUUUUGCAUUGAUGCUCCAAAAUGCAAGCUCAUUCAACACAAAUAUAAAAGUUGAAAACAAGGACAAGUUGUUAAGGUUCAACAAAAAUGGAGAAUUCAAAAUAUUGCAAAUCUCAGAUAUGCACUACGCUAAUGGCAAGGACACUGCUUGUAGAGAUGUCUUGCCAUCUCAAAUGGAAACCUGCUCUGAUCUCAACACCACUCAUUAUCUCCGUCGUUUCAUCCAUACCGAGAAUCCUGAUCUCAUCGUUUUCACUGGAGACAACGUCCAUUCAGUAGAUGCGUAUAACUAUAACAGAUCAAUGGAUGAAGCAUUUGCAGCAGCAAUCGAGUCGAAUAUCCCAUGGAUUGCUGUACUAGGUAACCACGACGUGAAUACACUUGUAACCGGAACUCCAAGAAAAGCAGUCAUGGAAUACAUAGUUGGAUUGAAAAACACUCUAUCCCUUCUCAAUCCAUCCAAUCUCGAACAAGACGAGUCGAUUUGGGGAUGGGGUAAUUACAACUUGGAGGUCGCCGGUGUCCAAGAUUCCCCUCUCCAAAACAAGUCUGUCCUUAACCUUUACCUCCUUGAUUCCGGUGAAUUCACUUACAGCCUCCCUCCCAAUUUUUACAUGGGAUAUGAGUGGAUCCAUCCAUCUCAGCAAUCUUGGUUCCUUCGCACCUCCAAACAACUCCAACAAGCUUACACGAGCCCACCCGAAGCACAACAAGGACCCGCUCCAGGGUUGGUGUUCUUCCACAUUCCUAUACCCGAAUACAGCAACAUUACCGAGUCCAAUAUGGUGGGUGAAAAACAGGAGGAUGUGUAUUGCCCCGGCGUCAAUUCGGGGUUCUAUGACACAAUGCUUGCAGCAGGGGAUAUUAAGGCUGCUUUUGUAGGACAUGGACAUAUCAACGACUAUUGUGGUAAGCUUCGUGACAUACAGCUAUGUUACGGAGCUGGAUUCGGGUACCAUGGAUAUGGCUUAGCUGGUUGGGCCAGAAGGGCAAGGGUGAUCAAUGUUAAGUUGGAUAAAACCGAAGAUGGUGAUUGGGGUCCUGUUAAGUCCAUUGUUACCUGGAAGCGACUUCAUGAUGAUCGUCUCACUCUUAUUGAUCCUGAAGUCCUUUGGGCUUCUACUACCGGUGGAGAUCGAGCUCAAUCUUUGUUUAAACCGAUUAUGAGCGAAUAAGCUUAUUUCAUUUGCUGAUGCUGAUGGAGCUAUGAUGCAGUCCAGCAAGCAGACGCCAAAUGCUUGACUAGUAGCUUAGUCUGAGCAAAAAAUUAAAAUAAAAAUAAAAUUUUACCUUACUUUGAUUAUUGUAUCAAAUAAAAAGAAAAGCAAUGCAUGUACUCUUGUAUUGAUGAUUAAGGACUUAGAUUUGAGGUUCCUUAAUCAUUAGAUAUAAUAAUAAUCCAUACUUUGGUAAUAGGAAUUCUUAAGCCUACAUCUAUACAAAACUA